AUGGCUCCGUCGUGCCUGCUCGCUUCGGCUGCAGCAGUGGCGGCAGUGGCGCAAGAGCUUCCGGCCGAACUGAAGCUGGCUGCCACGGCUGAUGAAGGCCCGGCUGUACGGAUCGUCAAUCAUGUCCUACUUGAGGCCGUGGUGCUGCUCUUGAUCGCCGUGGUCGCACUUUGCGCCCUCCUGGUCUUCCUUGGCCGGCUGCUGUGCUGCUUCCGGACUGGCAGGCAGGGCUUGCUGGAUCCUCUCUUGAUUGAUGACGAGCCGCUCCUCAUUGAUGAUGAGCAGGACCUUGAGGAUGCAGAGAGGCGCCAGCUACACGUCAAUAAAACCUUGAUGGCAGUGAAGCGAACCGGGGAAUAG